UGGAUAGGUAAAAACGCGCGAAAUAUUGUUUCUUUUUUUAGAGAGUUACAAAUAUAUUUGAUAUCUUGAAGAUUCUCGAAAAUUUUUACAAAUAUUGCAAGGAUAAUCAAUAAAGAUGAAUAAUGUAAAUGGUAAGAGGAAAUUUAUUGGAUCUACUAAUGGUGUGAACACUACCACAAAUGUAGGAUCCAGUCAGCAAAAGAAAUCACGUAAUGAAGAUGAAGAGGAAAUGGAUACCGCGCCGCCGUAUUUUGAUGAAAUGGAUUUUACUGAUGAGGUAGAUAUGACGGAUUUAAUGGGAGACGGUCCAGAGAAUCUGCAAACAUCAGUGAAAUGGUCACGCGUCGAUCCUCCAGUAAUAGAUCCUGACACGGAUGCUUUAAUAUUUCAACAGAUUGAUGUGGAAAACUAUAUAGGUCAGCAUUUUCCUGGCAUGCCCGGAGCGCAAUUUGGAGCGGUUCCAAUUAUGAGAAUGUUUGGCAUUACCAUGGAGGGAAAUUCUGUGUGUUGUCAUGUUCACGGUUUCUGUCCAUAUUUCUAUUUAGCAGCGCCUCACAGUUUUGAACAAUCACAUUGCUAUCUGUUUCGGGAGGCUUUGGAUAAAAAAGUACUAGCAGAUAUGCGUAGCAACAAAGAUAAUGUUCAGGAAGCUGUGUUAAGUGUUGAAAUUGUCGAGCGUUUAAAUAUUUACGGCUAUCAAGGCGAUAGAAAGCAACGUUACUUAAAAAUCACUGUAUCGUUGCCUAAAUUUGUAGCUGCCGCCACUCGUUUACUUAAAAGAGAGAUUAUUUACGCUGAUUUUGAUUUUCAAGAUUGUCGGCCCUUUGAGAACAAUAUAGAUUUUGAUAUAAGGUUUAUGGUUGAUACGGGUGUAGUGGGUUGCAAUUGGAUAGAAUUGCCUGCUGGUGCUUGGUACUUAAGAGGCCGCCAUUCAAAAUUUUUACCUGAAAGUAGAUGUCAACUCGAAGUAGAUGUAGCCUUUGAUAAAUUUAUAUCUCAUGAGCCUGAAGGCGAAUGGUCCAAAGUGGCACCUUUUCGCAUACUGUCAUUUGAUAUUGAAUGCGCCGGUCGUCGAGGCAUAUUUCCGGAACCUAAAAUGGAUCCAGUUAUACAAAUAGCCAAUAUGGUGAUACGUCAGGGCGACCCUGAACCUUUCAUACGCAAUGUUUUCACCCUAAAAGCAUGCGCAUCGAUUGUCGGUAGCCAAGUCAUCUGUUUUGACACUGAAACUGAAUUGCUAGAUAAAUGGUCCAGUUUCGUACGGGAAGUGGAUCCGGACAUUUUAACCGGUUAUAAUAUCAACAAUUUCGAUAUACCAUAUUUAUUAAACCGAGCGGCCCAUUUAAAAGUUAAAAACUUUGAAUUUUUGGGACGGAUUAGGAACAUAAGAUCCGUUAUUAAGGAGCAAGUUUUGCAAUCAAAACAAAUGGGUCGUCGUGAAAAUAAAUACGUUAAUUUUGAGGGUAGGGUACCGUUUGAUUUGCUUUUCGUGUUGUUGCGUGAUUAUAAAUUGCGGUCUUAUACUCUGAAUGCCGUAAGCUAUCAUUUCCUUCAAGAACAAAAGGAAGAUGUCCAUCAUAGUAUUAUCACAGAUUUGCAAAAUGGUGACGAACAAACCCGUCGACGAUUAGCUACGUACUGUUUGAAAGAUGCUUACUUACCUCUACGGCUGCUCGACAAGCUUAUGUCCAUUGUGAACUACAUGGAAAUGGCGAGAGUAACGGGUGUAACUUUAGAAUCUUUGCUUACUCGGGGGCAGCAGAUUAAGGUCAUGAGUCAAUUGCUUCGUAAAGCCAGAUCUAAAGGUUUCAUUUUGCCGUCUUAUUCUUCCCAAUCCUCAGAAGAACAGUAUGAAGGAGCUACCGUUAUAGAGCCUAAGAGAGGUUAUUACGCUGAUCCCAUUUCUACAUUGGAUUUCGCUUCUCUAUAUCCCAGUAUUAUGAUGGCUCAUAAUCUUUGCUAUACAACACUGGUGCAGCCGGGCACAAAAGAAAAAUUGGGCUUAAAAGAUGAUCAAGUGGAGCGUACCCCAUCUAAUAACAUGUUUGUAAAGGCAGCAGUACGUCGGGGAUUAUUACCGGAAAUUUUGGAGUCGCUUUUAGCUGCUCGCAAGCGUGCUAAGAAUGACUUAAAAUUUGAAACUGAUUCGUUUAAGCGUAAAGUGCUGGAUGGUCGUCAAUUGGCUUUAAAAAUAUCAGCUAACUCUGUGUAUGGCUUUACCGGGGCCCAAGUGGGUAAAUUACCCUGUUUGGAAAUCUCUGGCUCAGUAACCGCGUAUGGUCGUACCAUGAUUGAGAUGACAAAAAACGAAGUAGAAUCUCAUUAUACACAAAGCAAUGGCUAUGAAAAUAAUGCUGUAGUGAUAUAUGGCGAUACUGAUUCAGUGAUGGUCAAUUUUGGAGUCAAGACAUUAGAACGUAGUAUGGAAUUGGGCCGAGAGGCAGCUGAAUUGGUUAGCUCGAAGUUCGUAAAUCCCAUUAAGCUUGAGUUUGAAAAAGUUUACUUUCCCUAUUUGCUAAUUAAUAAAAAACGUUACGCCGGCUUGUACUUCACCCGGCCAGAUACUUACGACAAAAUGGACUGUAAAGGAAUAGAAACGGUACGACGGGACAAUUCACCAUUGGUAGCUAAUCUAAUGAAUACUUGUUUACAAAAAUUGUUAAUCGAAAGAAAUCCGGAUGGUGCUGUGGAUUAUGCAAAACAAAUAAUCUCGGAUUUGCUUUGCAAUCGUAUUGAUAUCUCUCAGCUCGUCAUUACGAAGGAGCUAACGAAAACGGAUUACGCCGCUAAACAGGCUCACGUGGAAUUGGCAGCAAAAAUGAAGAAGCGUGAUCCUGGAACAGCGCCCAAAUUGGGCGAUCGUGUACCUUAUGUAAUUAUAUCAGCUCCGAAAAAUACACCAGCCUAUCAAAAAGCAGAAGAUCCGUUAUACGUGUUGGAAAAUUGUAUACCUAUUGAUGCUAACUAUUACUUGGAUCAGCAACUUAGUAAACCUUUGCUGCGCAUAUUCGAACCGAUUCUUGGAGAUAAAGCCGAGUCGGUUCUACUAAAGGGUGAACAUACACGUACACGAACAGUGGUUACGUCUAAAGUUGGUGGUUUAGCUGGAUUCAUGACUAAGAAGUCUUCGUGUUUAGGUUGUAAGGCCUUAUUGCCUAAAAACUAUGAAAAUUCGGCCUUGUGCCCGCAUUGUGAACCCAAGAUAGGCGAACUUUAUAUGACCGAAGUUCUCGCUAAACGCCAAAUGGAAGAGACAUUUUCACGUUUGUGGGCUGAAUGUCAACGCUGUCAAGGUUCAUUGCAUGAAGAAGUCCUAUGUUCGAAUCGUGAUUGCCCCAUAUUCUAUAUGCGACAAAAAAUACGCAUGGAUUUGGAUGCUAAAGAGAAACGUGUCCAACGUUUUGGUUUACCUGAUCGGUAUUAGCUAAGAAUUGGUAAUAAAUCCGUUGGAUUAAACUAUUUACACUUGGAUGUAUUGUGCUUAUUGUAGCUAGAAAAAAUCAGGGACUUUCUGCGAAGGUAUUGAACUUUCGAUAAAUCAUAAACGUUUUAUAUAAAAAUAUUCAUUUUAUUUUUUAAGUUGUUUAAAAUUUUUUUUUUUUUUUAAUACUCGCCUCCUUGAAAUGAGUGCCUAAUUUUUAAAAAAAACAACUUAAAAUGACAAUUUCAUUCGUCUUAUGUUUUAAAAAGUGUUCUGUAGACGUAUUUUGCUUUUCUAUGAUCGUAAUUAAUGAUGUCAACCCCAAAAACCAGAAUUAAAUAAUUUCGAAGCUGAUUUUUAAUAUAAAUAUUACAUUCCUAUUUGAUUGGAAAAGCAAAAAAAAAAAUAACUAACUUAUAUAAUAUCUGGAGUUUUUUUUUUUUCAUUAUUGACCGGGGUUGAGGAUGGUAACCCACUUUAAUAUGAACCAUCAUUUCUGCAUCGGUGUUUUAACUGUGCUUAUUAGAUUCAUGUUUGUUUUUUCAACUUUUGGACACCAACUACGUGUAUAUAUAUAUGCACAAUUUCAUCUUGCUAAAGGUAUUUGGAGUCAAAUUGUUUGAGUUCGAAAUAAUUUAUGAACUAAGAAAUCUCUUGUAUUUAAAGUUUAUUUCAUUUUUUUUUUUUAAAUAAAAAAC